AUGCAUUUCACCAACGUUCUCGUUUCCAUCGUCGCCAUGGCCUCGGUCACUACAGCCACUCUCUCGCAACGUAUGUACGAUGAGCCCCUUCAGGCGCUCGAUAUCCGCGACUAUGAGGACGUCCAUGAGGAAAUGCUCGCUGCUCGCGACGAGUACAUCGAGAAGCGUGAUCUCUUCCGUCGUCUGGGAGGUAACGCCUUCUGCAGGGGUGACAAGAAGCCCUACAGCUGUGAAGAGGCAGUCCCAGGGCCCUCUACUUGGGCCACCAAGUGGCGAAAGUGCGGAACUUGUGGAAAGAAGGAUAAGCUGGGUGCCAAGUGCAACUGCUAA